AUGAAAGCAGCGAAAACCUCAAAACGUUGGGCAUAUAUUGGAGUCCUAAACAAUGAUAAUUUUACGUACUUUGCAGCACAAAAAGCUGGAUUAGAAGUUGUUUCAACAGUUUGCGACGGAGGUACAACAAAUAUAAAAGCAAUAAGAACACUAAAAGAAAACUCGAGAAUAAGAGCGAUGAAUUUGGGGAAAGAAUUUCGAAGUUGUGGAUUUGAAAUCAAUGGGAAAAUCGUAAAUCCAAUAAUUGAUCCCCCACAUUUAAUAAAAUUAAUACGAAAUCAUUUUAUUGAAAAGAACUUGAUUUAUAAAAACGAAGAUAUUACUGUAACAGCCAAAUGGGAUCAUAUUAAAAACUUUUAUGAAAUAGAUUCAGGAGUUUCAGUUUUGCGGAUGACAAAAUUAACUGAACAGCAUGUUUUUCAACACUGCCUAAAAAAAAUGAAAGUAUCUCACUGUGUAAAAGUUUUGAGUGCUACUGUUGGAAAGUUAAUGUUGUACACAAUUGAAAUAGGUAAAAAAGUAAAUGAACAUGCACAUGUGUUGGGAGAAGGUGCAGGAGAUACCGCUGCCGCAAUUAUGUUUUUGGAUCGAUUAUUUGAUUCCAUGAAUGGUAGUUCUUCGAAUCCGCCAAGGUGUAAGGAGCUCAGAGGACCAUUCGGAGAAGUACAGAAAUACUUCUGGGAAAAUGAAGCCAAACCCAUUUUAUGCAGCAUGAAUGUAAACCCCAAUUCCAAACAGUUCACAUGUAAUUAUAAAACACUUUUGAUCAACAACAUGACAUCAGCUCAUUCAGUCGGCUCCAAUUGCAUGAACGAUGAAAAUAUAUCAUUAAUUCAAAAUUUAAAAAAUUUUAUCAAAGCAGAGAAAACAGAAACAACAAAUAUAAACGGAGACGAACAGGUACAAAGUCCUCAAACUUUUCAAACAACAUCUAAAGAGAAGGUUAUUGUGGCUGCACCAAGUCGAAAAAGAGGAGAUGUCAUCUUGCAAUUUAACGGAAUCCUCAGGACAGCAAAUGAUUUUGAAGAUUUUCAUAUCAUUAGCGUAAAUAAUAAUUUCACUAUGAUUAAUGAUAGAAAUAACAUCAUUUAUCGCUAUAAUAAACAAUAA